UUGGAUUAUACGAUAAUAACAGUAACGUCUAAAUUAUUUAUGUACGAGUAGUGUGAACUAUAAUUUAUUUCAGAAAACAUUGGUCAGAAAUUAUAGUAAGAAUCAAUAUUUUCACAACUAUUUUGCAAUACAUGAUGUACCAUGUUCCAUGUAUAUAAAUAUUUCCAGGUCUGACAGAUUAUUUGAAAAUGUUUUAUUCAAAGUCAGAAAGUUUUAACACUUUCUGCCACGAAUUAGAAGGAUUGGAAGGAUUUUCAUUACUAAUAGGACCGACGUUUGAAAAGAUAGAUUUUAAAUCUCAAGAUGUCACAGAAAUGAAUCAAAAUGAGGCACUGAUUGAAAUUCUGCAGAUUCCUUACACACUCGAAGGCAUUCAGCUUUUGAAGCCAAUUCUGGUUGUGGCAAAAGACACAACAGCAUCAGCAAAUUAUAUUGUGAGUUACUGGUUAAAUAAUGUCGAUAACAACAAUUACCCCAUGAACUUGAAUUCUCUAGAUGGAGUUUUCUUGUUAAAGAUAGCAGAUUCCGAUGAUGUUACUGAUUUAGAUAUAAUGAUGGCGGAAAGAUUUGAAAUGAAAAAGUCUGAUUACUCUCAAAGAAUACUCAUUAUCUUUGAAUGUAUUCCCACAGAUCAUUUCAAAUUGAAAAAAAUCUAUAAUUUGGCCUGUUCUUGCAAGUUUCAAGCUUGCAAGUUUAUCAUUAUCACCAAGAUCGAAACACAGGUCGUACUUGGUUUGCAAUUAGAUAUGCAGUUUAUUCUUAUUGCUGAUAAAAUUGAUGCAUUGCAUGUAGCUCGUGCACAAUUCGAUGAACGGAUAGAUGGACAUAAAUUAAGCAAAAUCAUCGAUCAAAUAGUAUCAAAGAGGAAAUGUGUUUUAUGGCAAAAAGACGCAAUAACAAAAAUUUGUUUUGAGAAUAUUCAUCCACUAAAUGAAGCUGCAACGAUACGCGUUCCUAAAGAUAUCAAUAACAUAGAAUUUCACGGAUGCAGUCACAAAAUUCAGGUUUUGCACUGUGCAAAUCAUUUAGAUAUAUCAGUAUCUAAUCGUUUUUCGAAUAUUCUACCAGAAAAUAUAGUUACACCAACGUUGACGACUAUUGCCAUAUAUUUUAAAUCAUUAGGACAUGUUUUUCGCAAAAGUGUGUAUGAGUCAUUUGCCUUUAAUAUAUCUAAGGCAACUCAAAUUUUGUCGUUACGCUUGUGUAAUAUGACAUUUGGGAGGAAAUCUAUCACUGUUGAACUUCAAAAAGAAGGGAUUGAACAAAUAAGGCAAUCUAUAGAGUCAAAUGAGGACUAUUGCCGUUUUGGAGCUCGCAUUUUAGGUCCAUGUCUAGGAAAAAUUUCGUUUGACAAAGAAGAUGUUGAAUCUAAAAAUAACAAUUCAUUUGUAAAACAAAUAAUGUUAGAUUUGAUAUGCUAUGAACUUGUGAAAACACACCAAUCAGUAUCAGAAUGCUAUGCUUCGGAAAGGGAAUGUGGUACGAUAAAACUUAUUUGCUUCGUAAACGAUGAUGUUCAGAUAGAUUCCUUUAAAGGAUUCCCUCUUUUAAAAACAGAUUACAACAACAUCAGUAAAGAAUCGCUGUUUGCAGAAAAUUCAUGUGACAGAGAAGAUAAUACCGUAGUAAAUGCAACAGUAGAAGAAUUUGAAGAUAUAAAUGAAACACUGUCAUUUCAUGCAGAAGCUCUCAUGGCAUCUCAUAGAAAUUUGGAAGCUGUAAAAGUAAGUUUUGUCCAGCCAAAAGACAUGACACUGGUACAAUCAAAAUUGUGCAUUGUCUUAUAUUGUAGAGCUAAGGGUUACAUUCCAUAUGGAGAUGUUCGUUUCCCUCGGACGCUGAUUCAUCCUUUCAAGAACAAAUCAUUCAGAACUGAUGUUCGGGAAGGUUAUUUUAUAGCAUGCCCUUAUCGUACCGAUCACAGCACUGAUUUCAACAAAGAACUAGCAAUAGGUUGUACGGACAACAUGAGCAAAAACCUGCUGCUACUUUAGGUCCGUUCAUAAAUAUUAAAGAAACCCACGAAACAUGUUUCUUGACAGUACGCCAUGUAUUUGGUCCACCUUCAAUUAAAGAGGACUGUCUUGUCGGAGCAAAAGUUGUUCAACCGGCUGACUAUCACUUAUCACCCGAUGAGGAUAAGCUACAGAAUCGACAUUGCGGAGAUGUUGUGGUCAGCCAAAUAGGGGGGCAAAUUGAUGCUGCGUUGGUAAAAAUAUCUGCUGAAAGAUUACCGGGAAGAGGUCAGUUUAUACAACUGACAAGAGAAGAUCUUGAGUGGACAGGUUUAACGGAACAGCCAAUGUUCAACGACGGGGCGUUUUUGGAUGCCAAAACAUUAACAGUGAAAGAUCUAGCCACUAGAAGAAUAAUAAAAAUUGGCUGCAUAACGUCUCUUACUAAAGGAACGUUGUCAACAACAGAAGGAAUUGUCAAGGAAACAAUGGAGUACUCUACCUUAGAAACACUUUACAAUGGGAGUAAAGAAAAAUAUCAAAUAAAGAGUCAGUUAAUGGUGGACUCUUAUUACAAAAAGGUAUUUUGCCAAGCUGGAGACUCUGGCUCCGCUGUGUUUUUGGUCGAAGAUGAUAAUCAUUUAAAUUGUAUUGGAAUGGUUAUUGGUUUCAUAUAUAAUGAUCACACAGCAAUUGUCACACCCAUUGACAAUAUCUUGAAGAUAUUAGGUCAUAAACUUAAACAAACACUAGAGUUAAAAAGGUUCCGAGAAACGGAUGAAAUGGACGAAUCUUAAGUGUUUAGAGAAUGUUGAAAAAACAGUACUACAUUACUGGUAAAUAAUUUACGGAAACAUUUUUGAUGAACCGUUUGUGUUGUAAGGAUUUUUAUUUUAUAUGUUUACUAUCUAUGGUGACUGAUUUGUGCCAUUCGUGGUUUCGCCCCGCCACCCUGCCAAAAGAAAUCGAGAAUUAACAGGUUAAAAUGACGAAAGCGCCAAGCAAGCUUAUAAAUGGGGGCGCGGAGCGAGAUUUAAGAAAAACAGCGGGGGCGAGAAGCGAAAAACACGCUUAUUAGCGCUUUCGCUGAUAAGCGUGUUUUCGCUUUGUGUCCCGCCAUUUUAACUUGUUAAUUCUUGACUUUUCGCUUGGCGGGCAGCGGGGCAAAAAUAUGUAAAUUAGCGGUUCACUUAUAAAACUUCGCCCCGCGGCCCCGUUUAUAAGCGUGUUUUCUCUCCGCUCCUCCGCCCUUACAUUUCUUAAAUCUCGCUUUGCGCCCUCGCGGGGAGAGGUUUUAUUUCUUAAACAUCGCCCCGCACCCUCGCUAAUAAGCGUGUUUUCGCUCCACGCCCCGGCCAUUUUAACUUCUUAAUUCUCGACCUUUUGCUUGGCUGUAUCGCGGGGCGAAAACACGCCAAUAACCGGGGCGCGGUGUGAAGUUUUAUUAAACUUCGUGCCGCGCACCCGCUAAAUGGCGUGCUUUUGCUGCGCACAACCGCCACUUUAUUUCUAAAAUCUUGCUCCGCGCUCUUGCGGGACAAUUUUUUUCUUAAUCGUCACCCCACGCACUCGCUAAUAAGCGUGUUUUUGCUCCGUGCCCCGCCAAUUUAACUUCUUAAUUCUCGAUUUUUCGCUUGGCUUAGUCGCGGAGCGAAAACACGAAUGGCAUAAAUCAGCCACCAUAAUUAUUAUUAAUUUUGUGAGAAUAAAAAAGAUAUAAAAGAUUUGUUCAAUCAAAUAUUUUUUCCAUAACGAAAUAUUCACUAAAACAAGUUUAGGGAGUUAUUUUACUUUGAAAUAAGUUCCAUGAAGCUCAUUAAGUUAAGUUUAUUCAGUAUUUUUUUUCGAUCGACCAACUGUAGGCCUUAAUGUCAUAAAACAUAAUGUAAGAAUGAUAUUAUCUAUCUCAUUUAAACUAGAGCUUGUAAAACAAAUGCCCAUUACUAAGGCAUGGAGUCCAUUCCGCAUUCUAUUACUACCGUAUAAAGCAUUAUAAUUUAUAUAUGUGUGAUUACAUAUGCACGCCAUUAUUUGCUUGUCAUUGUUUUUAUCAUAAUGUAUCAACAGUUUAAUCAACUUAUCUUAUCAUACUUACGUGUAUGUUUUACUCACACAAUUAUGACAUGAUACCUUUCUUUUGAUAAUUUGCUGAUUUUACAUAUAUGUAAAGAAAAUCUUGACAUUGUAAAGUGCACCUUGUUCUGUGCUUGUAAUGCUUUUGUCUUUUUAUGCUCCCCUAAUGGAGAGAAUAGAGUCGGAGAUUUGUCCGUCUUAACAUCCGUCACAAACUUGUUCUGAGCAAAACUUUGAAAGUAUUUAAGGAAUAUGAUUGACCAGUGAGAGAGAAAAAAAGAGUUCACAAAACAUAGCAUGACUUUGCUUUAAUUAUGAAUGAACUUACCUAAGGUUCUAAACUGUCUAUGAUAUCGCCUUAAAAAUCACACUUUUGUAGAGAUUAGACAAUCAAAGGAAUUUCACUGUCAAAGAACUAUAACUCUACAUUGUUAAGUUGUUUCGUUAUUUCCCUUUAUAAACUUAAUAGCACUUGGCCGAAGAAUAAUUCGAAAAUAUUGAAAGUAUUUAACUACACCUUCUCACAGUGAUGCAUACCAGUAAAAGGACGUGCAUUUUUACAGAACCAUACUACUUUGCUUACUUUUAAAAAUUAAUUAAUUAUUUUAUGUCUGUAUUUAAUUCUAUUUUUCCCACACUUUUAUAACGUUGCGUCAUUGUUAUAUUUGUUAUGCUUUUAUUAUACGUUACUGUCUGAAGAUAUAUACAAUAAUUGAAAGCGCUUAUAGAAAUAAACGUUUGAAAUUCAGAAUAAAACUUCUUAACUAUCCAUGUUAUUCAUACGUUCAUAUAAUUGUAAAAACUAGUGAGCGACUGUGCAGUGAUAAAGAACUAAGACCCCACUUUAUUUAGCUUUAGAAUUAUUUCCAAUGAUAAUAUUUAAUCAUGAGUGACCGGAGAAUAACUUGAAAAGUGUUUAAAUGUUAUCACACAGUGAUGUGAUAGAGAAUAAUAAGAAGACGUGCAGCGUACAAAAGCCAUAAUUCUAACUUGCUUACUUUGUUAUCAUCUGCCUUUAUUAUACUAGAAAUGGUAUAUAAUUAUAUGAUUGUGUGUAUAAACAUCUUAUUUGAUGUGCUUGUCAUAGUUAAAUUAUCUCCCUUUAUGAUGUAAAAAGUGCAUAUCAUGAAUAACUAAAAAAUUAUUGUAAAAAUAUUAACACACCACACAGUGAGAAAAAAGGGAUGUGUCAUAUAUAUAAUGAAACCUUUCUUUAGAUAGACUUUAUCACUUAAUUUUUGUUCGUAGUAAGUAGCCAUAUACUUCGGUUGGUCGUAAAAUUUUGGGGUGAAGUAAUGGGAAAGUCCGAUACGAUUGUCAUGGUCACCGGUGAUAUAUUUGAUAUUUUAAACUUUUGCAUAUACAUCCUUUAUGUAUUUACUGUUGAUUUUCAUAUUUGAAAUAUCUUGAUUGGUACUAUACUGUUAGGUGGAGAAGAGGAGGAAAAUUUAGUCAAGGUCAAGGUAAAAUAGAUUUCUUAACCUCCGCUCACGCAACUUUUGUUAAUUGAAUGAGUUUUUUUAUAUUUAUUGGGUAAAUGCUUUGGGUUGCCCUCCAACUGUGUGUGGAGUAAGAGACCACUCGGGUUAAAGGCAUUGAAAAGAUAUUUACACUUUUCUUUUACAGCCUUUACUAUCUAUUUUGUACUAAAUAGAAUGUGAAAUAUGCAGAUUCGGUGAGCAUCCAUCGUCUUUAGCAAUAUUCUUGUUUUUACAGCAAGCAAUUACCUUGCUUUGCUUUUCAUUACUUAUAAAAUGAUUCUCAAUCAUGUAAUUAAGGUUUAUUUGUUGACAUAUUUGUAUUCAUAUAUGUUACUUUAUUUUUAUUCUUAAAUGUAUAUGAAAAUGAUUAAGGGACAUAAACAUUAAAUACAGUUACAAUGUUCCUAAAUUAUGUAUGACAAGAUAAAACUAUGCUGUUUUUUCUGUAUGGUUGUUUUGUUUUUCUUAAGAGGGUUAAAUGACUGUUUAUUUAUAUGUUUACGAUAUAUUCAAGGACUGUGUUAUACAUUUCACUAUCAUUUACCAUGUAUUAUAUAAUAUUUGAUGUGAUAAUUUUAAGAUUACCUGAGAUUUCAAGAAUAAGAUAACGGUUUGUUCUACUUAGAUAAGAUAAUAAAUGAAAUACAUCUUGACAUGUGAAGUAGAAUACUCGCAACUGUUUGGUUUUAGAUUUGAAUCUGCAAACAUUUCAAAAUUAUAUAGAAGUUUUUAGAAUAAUCUUAAAGAUUUAGAAACGAGUAUUCAUUUUGAUAUAGAUGGUGCUUGUUAAGAACAGUUUUUAUCUUAAUUCAAAUGCAAAUACUAAUUAUAUGUUUAUAAAAAUUGGAAUUUAUUGUACAUUGUUAAGAAUUUUUUUUUUAUUGUCGUCAAGAUUAUAUAACCUGCUAAACGUAAACAUUCAAAAAAAUUUCAAUUUGUUUGUUAGUUAAUAUUCGUUAGAUUUUAUUAAGCUUAGACAUUAUAUGAAUAUGCAA